GCACUGCGCGCAAACUACAUAACCGAAUUCCCGUUCUCUCUCGGCGGCUGUUAUGGAUAAUGACGAGGCAGAGGUGAGCGCGCGGCGAUGCCCUCGGCUCUAACGCGCCUGCGGUCCGUCACGCGCCCGUGGAGGCUCUGAGCUGGAGUUGUAAUCGUGCCGCGUGCUGUUCACUCGGCGCUUCGUGCUGCUGGGAUGUGGGGAGAGGGAGCGUCCUGGGCAGAUGUUUUCGCUCCUGGAAAGUUCAGCCUCGCGCCCGCUCUCCUGAACUCACGCUCGCGCGCUUGAUUGUUCCACCGUAGGUGACCGCUGCAGGAAUGGCCGGCGAGUGGAAACCGCGGCUCUGCGUCAUGACGAAGGGCGACAACGGCUAUGGCUUUCAUUUGCACGGCGAAAAGGGGAAGAGCGGACAGUUCAUCCGCAAAGUGGAGACGGGCUCCCCCGCCGAGGCGUCGGGGCUGCGCGCCGGGGACCGGGUGGUGGCCGUGAACGGCGUUAACGUGGAAAAGGAGACGCACCACCAGGUGGUGCAGAGGAUCAAGGCCGUGCAGCACCAGACCCGGCUGCUGGUGGUGGACCCGGAGACCCACGAGAGGCUGCGGGGCCUGCGCCUCACGGCCACGGAGGAGAUGGCGGCGGCCGGGUCGGGGCCCCGCGCCUCCACCCCCCCUCCCCCCGCGCCGCCGUCCCCCGCGCCGUCGUCCGCGCCGUCGACCCCCGGCAGGAAGCGCGAGAACGGCUCGGUGUCCAGGCGCCCGGCGCCGGCCGGCGGCCUGGUGCCGAAGCCCAGCAGGAGGACGCCGUCCAAGGCCGCGAAGAAGGAGGCCGUGGCCCCGGCCGAGGCCCAGGCCCAGUCGCAGGCCCAGGUCCCGGUCCAGGUCCACCCGUCCGAGCUGGUUCCCCGUCUGUGCCACCUGGUGCGCUCCGACACAGGCUACGGCUUCAACCUCCACAGCGACCGCUCGCGGCCGGGACAGUACGUCCGCUCCCUGGAUCCGGGCUCACCUGCGGACCGGGCCGGGCUCCGGCCUCAGGACCGACUCGUUGAGGUUAAUGGUGUGAGCAUCGAGGGCAUGAGACACGCCGAGGUGGUGGCCUUCAUAAAGAAAGGGGGGGGCGAGACCUGGCUGCUGGUGGUGGAUCCAGACACUGAUGAGCACUUCAAAAGGCGAGGGGUCGUCCCCACAGUGAGUCACACCACAGAUUACGACGGUCCGUCCAUCUCCAACGGCGCCCCCAGCCCCCACAUCAACGGCAGCUCCACCACACAGUCCUUCAGGUCCACGCGCUCGGACGUCAGCAGCCACGGGACCGGCGCCGAGCCGGCCGAGAGCGAGGCCGACCGGCAGUCGGACCCGUUCGCCGAGACGGGCCUGAGCCUGAGCGCCACGGCGGCCGAGGAGAAGAUGAAGGUGCACGCCAAAGAGAAGCGGAAGGCGCCGCAGAUGGACUGGAUGAAGAAAUACGAGCUCUUCAGUAACUUCUGAGACGGUCGCCUUUCAAGGACAUGACUGUUAUCGUCAACGCUUCACACGUACUCACAUCACACACGAUGAGGGUUUCGCUUUUCCCUUUUACAUUCCAAGAAAUUUUUAUAUUUUAUAAGUGUAAACCACAGAUUAACCGUUUCGUACUCUCUUUUUACGGACACUGUGACAUUAAUGAAUGUGGACACUGUGGGGCUUCAGAGGAAGUUGGCAGAAGAUCACUGUGAAGGAGCCGAGUCCCUCCAUCUCCAGCCUGCGUACAUUCAUAAUAACCCCCGGCUGUGUGUAGUAGCUGUGUAUAAUGUACUUUUAUUGACUUCUAAUGAUUUCAGGCUUAGCGGCUUCACAUUAGCUUGAGCCUUGCUUGUAAUUAACCCCUCCGUUAAACAGGUGAUUCGGCAGGUCUGUCGUUACUAAGGCUUUUUUCCUCCAGUGUUAACAAAGGGUCAGCACCACUAACAAUAAAAGAUCAGCAUUACAUGAAGAGGAGUGUGUACAGCAGAGGGCAAACUCACCCCACAAAUCCAUCACACCCGUCAUCAUCUAAUGAAGAACUACAACAACUCAGGUGACAGGAAGGGAAGAAAAUAAAGGACUCUGAGGUGGAAACCUUGAAGAACAGGACUGAAUGUGAAGGACGCUUUUAUUUUUAUGCCUGUAUUAUUUUACACCGUUAACUGUGAUUUGAUUGACAGACGAGAAGUCAAACAGACGCGAUGAUGUCACCAGCUGUGUUUAAAGUGUUUCAAGGGCUGACGAGGCAGCCGGAUGCUUUGACUGGGUCAGUAUUAAUUCCUCCGGUGGGUUUGUGAGAGGUGGUUCGCUCUGACAUGGAGGGAGGCGCUCACGCUCGCGUACUGGGACCAUGCACAGGUUCAGGGUCGCUGCACGGCCUGCAGCGCGGAGAGGGGCCUCGCUCAUGCGUGUGUUAUGGUAUAGACUCCACCGCUCUGUCUCCACGUCAUCAGUCUGUGUGUGCAGUGAGGCUCGCUUGUGUUCACUCCACGGCCUACGCUUGUAUAUACAGUAUAUAAGGACGGCAGGUUGCCUUUUACCCCAAUAAAAUGUGGCAAUCAUUUUUGAAUAUA